AUGUAUUUAAAAGCGUAUAAAGCUCCAUUCUUUACUAAUUUAGCUACCGGAGGACUGUUUUGGUAUCCAGGAUUGCUUAGACCAUCAGACAUAGAAACUUUUAUUUCUGUUGAAGGAUUAUUUGGGAUAGAAGUUGUGUUGUCAGGUCAUAUGAUUUCUGAGGAGAGUGCAAUUUGUCCAUCAGUUAUGCUGCCAACGUUAAUUUUUUUACCGUUUUGGAUGUUUAAUAAAGUAAAAUUUGAGACAAAUAAAGAGCUAUUUGAAUAA